AAGCAAUUUUCGAUCGCAACUUGUGUCCAUUGUGGGUGAAAUAAAGAAAAGUCGGCCGUAUGGUUAGGCCAUGGUCCACCUGGCAUUGCGGGGAAAACUGCCAUUUGGUAAGCGCACCGAACAGUCGGAACACACAAUCUCAAGUGGCAGGCCACCAAUGAUCUUUUCGUCUUCAAUCUGACACGGAAGACCCAUCAGCCGGCCCCCUGGACCCCAAGAUAUUAUCUUGCAGAGUGCCAAAGGAGUCACACAGAUCUUUGUGUCACCUAAGGUACUGUAUGCCAAGGUGAUAGCUGCGGUUGGGAACUUGUGCAAGAUGCCAAGCAUCCCAAGUCCCACCCAAACAAGGAGGCCAUCUCAGCUAGGCAACCAAGUCAAACUUGACGACAUCUCUUCCCCUCUUUGAACUGUUCCGAUAGUUUGUUUCUUUCACGCCUUUGUAUUCAACAAUUAUGGCUGCUAAUGACACCACACCACUCCUGCGGGAAAGCAACACCGAAGGCGGCACUCCAGCGCGUGCCACGGACGCAGAAACCCAGCAGACUCAGAGUGAGGACCAACUCAACCUUCGAGGCCCCACCGAGCUCAAGCUCGCUGCUGCGGCUCACCUGGGCAGUGUAGUCACUUCUUUUGGCGCUGUUGGGCUGGCUUUGGUUUACGGGCCCCUCGUCCACAAUCCGCCCAAGUCGUGGUGGCCUCCUUAUGUCGUGCGUGAAUUAGCCUCGACCGCAACGACGGUUGGAAUUCUGACUGUCGUUUGGGGACUGGCCAGCUUUCUCGUGUUUCAUUUCCGCCGUCGACUGAUAGGACCUCCAUUCCUUGGUGGUCUGCUACAUCUCAUGGGCGCCUUCCCUAUAUUUCUCUUCUUCAUGGCACUCAACGAUAUAAUGGAGAGAGACGGUGGCAGCCAUCAAUGCCAGCGUUGGGAUGGGCAGCAGUGGUAUCCUGCCGAUCCAGAAUGUCUGGCCUGGGUUGAACGCUUCUUUGUCCUCGUUUACACUGGCUUGUUUUUCUUUCUGGGUGUCUGCACCUCACACGCCGUCCUUGUUUAUCUCAACUUUAUGUGGACCAAAAGACAGUUCGUGGCAUUCAUGCGAUCCCUUCCGUGGUCAAGGCCUGAACUCUCGUCUCACAAUGGCGCCUAUCGUGCGCGUGUUCCUGUCCCGAUUGUCCCAAUAGGAGGUAUCUCGUUCGAGUUUGGCAUCAAGGUCUUGGGGCGUGACUCGGUCCCGCGAUCAGCUGUUGAAGCGGAAGAGAACACCUCGGCGCAGGCUACCACCUCUGGACAGGCUGCUUGAGGCCGACAAACGACACUUACGAUCUUUGAUAUUAGACAUCUCGCCGUGAUGCCGAGCGGUAUAUUUAGUAUGGAGAACAUUGGAUGCACUUAAGGUUUUGAAAUAGGAGAACGGCUCGCUUUGCAUAUGUAGCAGACAACAAUUAAUCUUUAUUUCAUGCACACAGGCACC